AUGGGUAGCACCAGCCAAUUCACCGAUGCCCAACUGCUGGGUCAGAGUGUUGUUUUGCUACCAAGGGGCAGCGAUGCAUUCGACCUUGACGUAGUCCUCGAUCAGAAGCGGCGGAUCGUCACGCUGAGUGAGGACGAAAGCUCCGUUACGUUCCCAGAUGGCAAUACCUAUGCCAUCCCUAAGAACACGAAAUUGACAAAUUCGGCCGGCGGGACCACAACUAACUCCAUGAGGGUUGAGACUGGGACAGACCUGGCCAACACGCUUGAUACCAGCGCAAGCUUCAGCGCCAGUUAUGCUGGUGUUUCAGCGUCCACAUCGUCACAAUAUAGCUAUGCCCACUCUCUGAGCACUGCUAAAGUGUAUGGGGUCAUGAGUGUUGAUCACCGUUCGUUCUUCGUGGAACUCGACUACGACGGGUCUCCUGUCGUGGUAAACGAAAAGCUUCUUGCGGCGGUCGAGGGGCUUCCAGACUGGAAAGUUGAGCAGACCACCUUUGAUCAGUACAUGAAGUUUUUCAAUGACUGGGGAACGCACGUCAUGGAGUCCUGUGUCUUUGGAGCCCGGUACCAGCUCAAGGUCAACAACGAACUGACAAAGACGGAAACCAAGGAGAUGUUCGAACUUCACGUCAAGGCUGAAUAUAAUGGAAUAGCAGAUGUUAGCGGGGAUGUGAGCGUCAAAACUUCGAGCACUUAUCAAGCGUACCGGCGAACACGCGAGAACCAGGUGUAUGUUCGCGGUGGAACCAGCGCUUCGAGCAUCGAGCUCAGCACAUCGCAGCCCGAUGACAAUCCCGAACAGUACAGGAAGACCUUCAAUGAAUGGGCGCAGACACUUAACAAUUCUAAUACUGCAUCCCUGGUCAAUAUCAGAGUUGAUAGUAUCGGCAACAUCUUGCGCAAAAGCGGAAAUCCGGACUACGAGCCGGCGGCAAGAAAGCUGAUCGAUGCCCUGGGAUAUAUCUCAGCAUUACGAGUCAUCCAGGGCCAGAUAUCAGUUGAAUCGUUCGGAAUCACCGAGCAGCCCGAGUACACUUGUUCCCUUCAAGAUAUCCCUGGUAUGCAGCUGAAAUACCUCAGCGCGGGUUCGGGCAAUCUAUCGCCUGUUGACCAGAAGCCAACCUCGUUGAGGCUUCGACUUCAAGCCAACCCGACGCCGUCCUCGCAGCCGGAUGUCAUCGAACCGCAGUCGGGAACCUCUGCUUGGGUAAGUGUCCAGGUCACCACGCCGCAGGAGGCAUCUGCUGUGCAUCUCGAAAAGCCAACGGAUAAGGGAUGGUACAGCUUGGUUCUCGAUCUGCAACCCGGAGGACCUAAAGUACAGUCGACCGUCGAUGACAAGCAGACCACUAGAGAUAUCCCUGUUGACUCCCUGGCAAUUUCCGGCACGUAUGGUACGUAG